AUGCCAGACGGUAACCCUAUACUCAAGUAUAGAGCGAACAAGAGCAUCCACCAAGUCAUCACUUCAUCAGGUGUAAAGAAACUGUUAGAUGCAAGAUAAUAAGAGUGCUUAAAUAGGUGUUCUGGAGCACUGGAAAUGUUAACAGGUUUGAAGACGGAUGCAAAGUAACCAAGAAAAAAAAGGAAGCUGCUUAGCCGCCGUUUUUUUUUCGUCGGACCAAAGUGAACUUUCAUAAGAGAAUUUACUUUAUUUUUAUCCGCUUGUAAUAUCUGUAUUGAAUUGAUGUUAUUUAUGACGAUGGCGUUUUUAUUUCGAAAUACUCGUGCGCGGUUUUAUAAAAAACAAACCGAAACGUGUUUCGCGCAGGCGCGCGUUUGUCAAUCGAAUACAAGCGGACAGAGAGUCGACAAUAAUCGGUCGACGACGCGCGGCACAAAACUUCGGUCCGUUCGAGUUUCCCGUCGAUUACGCGGCUGCCCGUGUGCGUCGAAUCAAUUGUCCCGCAUUGAUAACGCGGUCGGGCGAUGACGUGACGGGCCGCGUGUGUGUGCACAGUGCCCGCACGCGGAUCGCGCACUUCAUUUCACCGUAUAGAUACGCCGCGGACACGGAUUUUACCGUCACCCGGACCGUCAGCGGGCGUUCGGCGAUCGAGCGCCGCGCGUUAACGCGGUUAACGUGGCCGUCCGACGGCGGUCGUCGCAGCUGCGGGAUAGUGGUCCUGUUCGCCGUCCCGAGUGGUUAGACGGAAAAUAGACUUCGGUAAACGGUCGAAGACGCGCGCGGUAAAAUAUUAUCACGCGUACGAUAAAUUGCGGUUGUUGGAUACGCGCGAAAUUGCCCGUGUAUUCGUACGCGUAUGAAAAAAAAAAAAAACCACGCAAUAACAGCGAUGAUAAUAAUAAUAAUAAUAUCGUACAGAAAAUUAUUGUGUCGAUUCCGAGCACACUCCGAGCGGGUGUUGCAACGUGCCGGACGACGAGCACGGGGAGGGAGGUAGGGGGGAGUGGGUGUUUGAGAGCCGGCCGUCUCGCCGUAAUUUAUAAUUUUUUCAUUAUUAUAACGUUAUAAUGCGACGACAGAACGGACACACGAGCUUUAUAAUGUUAUUAUUAUCGUCCAUUCAAAUCGCGUCUCGCUUAUGAAUACGAAAAUAUAUGAAUCACAAGACCGCUCGUUUAUUAUACAAUACGACAGGAGUAUCAUCGUGAAAAACCUCCACGCGCGCGACCCCGUCCAAACCGCACGUGUAACGUCUCCUGUCGGCUUUCGACGCACAAUCUCGCGUAUUAUUUUUUUAUAUUGUAACACUAUUAAUAUAUAUGUGUGCUCCGGGUCGUGUUUUUUUCUUUUCGUUUUAAUAUUCGUCGUACGCGACGGGGAAAAACUCCGACGGGGUUCUAUAUAUUUACCGAAAAUCGUGGGGCGUUCUCUCGAGAACUAACCGGUCCAUAAACAAAACUUUCAAAACACUCGUCGCGGAGACAGGCUUCCGUGACGAAUGUUUUUCUCCCGCACUCAUUUAUUCUUAAAAAAAAAAAAAUGUUAUAAUGGUAUAGGGUUUUUAAAAAAUGAACUGCAUUCCCUCCUCUAAAACAUUAGCCUGUAUAUAUGCCUGCUCAGUAGAAAUAAAUUAAAACAGAGUCUGAUUACGUAAAAUUUAAUUUGAUAUUAAAUAAUUUUUACUAUAAAAAAACUAAUUAAAUUUCUUUAAAUCUCAUUAAUAAUAUGUCUCAGUGACCAAUAAUAACUAAAGCGCGCCCCCGGAUUUCCAAGACUUCAACUAAAGGGGACUGAUAAUUUCACUUUAAACAAGAAAAAGAUACUCUGCCCAUCCCCCACUCCGACCGACUAUAAAUACACAGUUUCUCCGAAAACCAUAGGUUUUGGUACACAGCAGUCAUGGAAGAAAUGAUCGUGAUGUUAUCAUUAUAAUACACGCCGCGACACCGUGUCAAGUACCGAGUUUUUAAUAGGAUUAUGACAAAUGAUACGAUGUUAACGCCGUGCCUGUAUUUGCUCUUGACUUACCGUACGUGAUACGAAGUCAAUCCGACAUGUAAACUCCGAACCGGUCGAUUUAAUCCGAUUAGUUUACUACCGGCGAUUGAGCUCGAUAAUACUGAACCACAGAUUAUUAAUUCGUGUCACGCAGGUAUACGAAUAGUUAAGCAAUUACUAAAAACCAAAGAAUAUUAAUCCUACCUGGAACAUCUAUACAAUUAAUGUUUAAACUCUCGUGAUGCGUCAGUCCGUGCGGUUUUUAGUGUUUAUGUCCUUAAUUAAGGUAAAAAAAAAAAAAAAAAAAAAAAACAAUCUCUAAUUACAUUCGGCGAAUCCGAAUUUUUUUUUUUUUUUUUUAACUGUCCGUAUUUUGAAAUUCAAAUGAUUUUGGGUUUUUUUUUUUUAUGCGUUUUCUAAAAUAAAAACGUUAUAAAUUAAAUUGGUUUUAAUAAAUCAGUUGCGUAUACAUAUAUAUAUAUAUAUAUAUUUAUUCAAUUAAUUAUGACUAAAAUAUUUGCAAAUAUUGAUAUAUCAAUAUUUAAUAAAAUCAGAAAAAUCAAAAAACAAUCGAACAUAUUUUUUUUCAAAUACAACACAAUACAAUUAUUGAUUGUCGGAUCUGGAUAGAAAAAAACCGCCAGUGAACCGAAUCCGUCGUGAUAUCCAAAAUCCGAAAAUCGCCGCUGUACAGCGAACAGUGAACGUUUCGAAACACAAUUGUUACGCGGAUGAAGGUCUACGGACGGUACACGGACAAUUUCGGGGGGGAGGAGGGUUGCUCGGCCCCGUCACACCCUCGCCGAUUCGCGGCAGUGCAAUCGACGACAAUCGCGGCGAAAAAAUGUCUGUUCCGCGAUAUACGGGGGGGGGGGGAUGGCGCUGCGCGCGGUUCGACUUAUACGUCCGUUUAAACGAUAAAUAAUACAAAUCGACGGUAUAUGUCGACGUGGUUUAUCGUUUAUCGUCGCAGCCGUCGCCCGAGAAACGCGGUUCGAGUGGCCGUAAAUACUCGCGGUAUAAUCAUCCACACUAAUCGGCUAUUGUAUUAUUUUUUAUCGGCGCUGUUUCGGGCCCGCGAAAAUCGGUACUGAACGGUUCUCGCGUUUUGUCGCUCGCGCCGUAACGACGCGAUCCGUUUCGCCGUUCGUUCGCCCGGUCGGUCCGUUUCCUCUCCGGACGAAACACGCGCGCCAUAAAACGACCGAAUCGUCAAACGCCUACCCACCGACGAACGCGUUUCGACCCGGCUAACCACCGGAGCGGCGAGUAAAACACUAAAAAGCAGUGUAAUAUACCUAUAAUUAUCGGGUCUCGGAUGUUAAUGCGUUUGCGUGACGUUCGCUGUUUUUUUUCGUCCAACUACCCGUACGAUCUAUAACGCGGGCUAAGCUUUACAAACCCGCUAUUAUAACGCGCGAACACGAAUACUUGUUUAAGGAAUUGAUUGCCAUCAUUUUUUUUUUUUUUUACUUUUUUGUCGAUAAUGACGCGAUUCGUUUGUAAUUAUUCAAAUAACUUUACUCGAGUACAUUUUUAGCGAUAUUUCUGAAUUUACGGAAAACCUCUACACGGUGAAGUACUUAAAUACCGUCUGGUUUAUCGUACACUUCAUUUUUCGUGAAACGAUAAAUUAGCGCUAUUUUCAACGUGUGUAAUGAAAUUUCGUUGUACAUCUUUCAGCGAUGCUGAAUUCGACGUUAUAGGUUAUUUAGUGCAAUAGGCGACUUCCGGCUUCCGAAUUAAUAAUAUUACGGAAACUCGGUCGGGGGGGGAGCAAAAUGAUGCUACACGAUACCGUAUAAUACGAAAGUAUUGUCGUCAAAUCGUUCUGCAAAUGUAUUAUAUCUUAUACGGAUGUCGGCAUACCGUACGUGGGCAGCUAUUAUUACAGUAAUCGGGUGCGGUAGCUGAUUUGACUUCGAAAAUUAUACGCGCAUAUAUUUUAUAGACGACUGCGACCGAUGUUUGUAUAAUACAGAUAAAUUGUAAAAUAUCUAGACAAAGGCAAGAGAUAAUUUCUAAAAUAAUAUUAUCCAAACGGAGAUAAAUAAUCCGCUUCUUUUUAUCUAGAUGAAAAAAAAAUACGAUUUCGUGCAUUGCGUAAAUCAUAAAACUGAAGUGCUGUACGGCAGAUCGGUACGGAUCUAGAUUCCAAAAAAGAUUGAGCGAUUUAUAUAACUUAAUAAUUGAUUUACCUAUUUAACCACAGAGUCAUACAUUAAAUAUUAUAAUACCUACCUAAUAUUUUUAAUACAUUUAAGAAUUACGAUUUAAAAAGAUUUGUCUAGACGAUUCAACUAUUAAUCUCGGAUCACUUAUUUCUCAUCUAUCCAAGUAAGGUAAAAAAUUAUACCUAAAGCGCAACAGCGACUGCAACGUGGCCAGGAACGUCGGUUGCUAGUGUUUUUACACGGUGAAAUCGCGAGUAGAUAAUAUUAUAAUAACGUAACAUGUAGGUAGGUACAAUAUGCGAUUAUUUUCACAUUGACAUGCCGAAUCGUUUAAGCUUCAGUUCCUAUACAUUGCCACGCUGCAAUAAUAAUUACGGGCAACACAAACCGCAUUUCGGUCUCAAAAUAAAAUCGCAAAACGACGCAUCCCAUACAAAUGUACAAUCGAAUUUGAUAUACGUGAAAUCUAAACUUCCUUUAAACAUAAUAUGUGAUAUUAUACAAUACGGUAUAAUAGUAGAAAUGGCUAAAACAAUAUUUUCGAAAUACAUUCGUAUCGUGUGUGUAGCUGCAAGUGUAUGGCAACGUUCGAAAUUGUAUUUAAAAAUUUUAAAACGAUAUAUACGAGAAAGUGCAGGUAAAUGUCUUUCCUCGCCGCGGUUAAUUAUACCUACAAUAAGAAUUCGGAAUUCUUAUUAUAGGAGGUAAUGUUUUUGUCGUUAGUGUAUCGGAUAAUGUGCUAAAGACUAUACAAUAUAGAAUAACAUAAAGAGCUCUAUUAAUGUCGGUUUUUUAAUCAUUUUGGUCGAAACGAGAUAUUAAAAAAAAAAAAAAAAAAAAAAUUGAGUUUCGGAAUUUAUGUUUAAUUACGAAUCGAAUAGACUGUGGUUUUUAAUUUAAUUUUUCGGUGUGCUAACAAUUUUUCUACGAGAAAUCUCUUCAAUGACCUUCAGAAUCAACUUCAAGGGCGGUUUUUAGUAGCAACACGUUAACGUUAACCUAACCAAUUGGUGCAUUGCAGAGGUCAUUAUUCGAUUUUCCUCUGUAGUUUUCCCAAUAAUUGGGAAAAUAUUUUUGAAUUGUUUCUUGCAAUUCAGUUGAACUGUGUUGUAGAGACAUGACGUGUGUGUGUGUGUAUUUGUGUGUGUGCAUUUGUGUGUGGAUUUUCAUGCAAUUUGGUAUAUCAGAUUUUCCGAGAAAUACUAAGUAAUACUGUUAGUUGUCUAUGUAUGAGAUAUUUAUUUCAGACGACAACACGACCGAAAAUCCGUGUAUCGUGGUCUAUACUAAAGAGGAGUAAAUCACAUACAAUGUACGGGACGAAAAUUAAGUUUUUUAAUCGACAUUGUAAUUUGUACAUGUUGCUGACAUUAAAUUUAAUGAAAACUAAAAUCUACCACUUCGAAAAAAUACAAAAAUAUAACCAAUCAAAAACCCAAAAAUGUUUAAGAAGUUGAAGACAAUACCUUUAAGACUUCCUUUAAAAUCCGAACGUUAUAAUCUCCAUGAAGUCGGCGCCAAGUAAACAAUUGAGCGUUGAAAGUUGGGAUUUUUUCGGUGGUGCCCACUCCGAUGGUGGAUUUUACAGAAAAUCGUAAAAGUAUCGUCUUCAACCUCAUAUUAAAAUUUGUUGUGGUUUUUCUCCUUAUAUUUUCAAUUUUAAUAUUUUUUUUUUCCAAUCGAAUCACGCGUCGUACGUAUUUUUUGUCCCGGGGAAGAAGUGCUUAAGUAAAUUUUGAAAACUGCUAAAUGACAUAAUAAUGGUAUGGUUAAAUGGCUAAAUUGUUAACUGACUUCAUCUAAAAACUGCAUUUAAAUGACUCAAGUUAUACGAUUAUUUAAUUUUCAACACAAACCUAUGAUGGCGUUUGAACGCGUUUCUCAACCAUAGGGUCGCGAAUAAUUUUGAAUGGGUCGCUAAAGAAUAUUAACGUGAUAUUAUAAUUUUAGACCGGGUCGCCGACACAGAAAGGCCGAGAACCGUUGCGUCUGCGGAAUACCACACGCACGCGCUCGCGCCAUUUAGACCGGAAAACCGGAACGGGAGGAAAACAAUCGCAACUGAGUCAGCUGUGACUCCGAGUUUCAACCGAGUCGGGCGGUUUUUCACGUCCGGUACCGAAGUUCCGUAGAGGUCGUUUCGGACGACGCGUCUUUUCGAACGGGCCGUCGCCAAUAAAGCUCCCUGCGCGGACGGUGCGCGGCGCUCGUCGUUUUUCGACGCGUUCGAUCCGAAUGACGAAACGAAACAAAUAAUAAUAAUGAAAAAAAAAAAAAAAGCGACUUAAUACGCUAUGUGUGUGCGCGCCCCGUUCUCACGGCCGGCGGUCACCUCUCCGGGUGUAUGUUAUUAUAUUAUAUUAUGAAACAGAACAAAACAGAAAAAAAAAAAAAAACCGUCACCCGUUGGAUUUCCGACGGGCCGUCGGCGGAUUUUCCGUAAGGCGCGCGCGUGCACCGAACGGGUGAAUUAUUGUACGGCCGCGCGCUGUCCGCGCGUACGGUAUUAUUGUACGGUUAAUUGUUGCGCGCGCGGCUUGACGGGCACCGGCGAUCGGCGUGCGGCUCCGCGAUAAUAAAUUGUCCGGCGUCCGCGGACACCGGCCGCACGCCGCGGCCGACCGUGGUAACAGCGUAACACGGGGUACGCGCGCGCGGGGGAAGACCCGGGAACGGGACACAGGGGGACGGCGGCGGGGCCGGGAAGGGGAAACGAAAACGAAAUUAACAACGUUAUUCGGACCGGGCGGGACGCCCGUAACACGCGUCACACGCGCGCAAUUAUUAUUACGGUAAUAACAAUAACGAUAAUAACGACGGUAACGUUAAUAGUAUCGUCGUCGCGCGUUUCGAGACGGGCCGAGGCCUCGGCCCCGCCGCCGCCGCCGUCGCCGCCGCCGACGCCGGGCGGGAGUGGCGGCGGUCGUGGGAGAGACGGUAGAAAGAGAAAAAAAAAAAAAAAACCAGACACAAAACCGAACGGCAAACGGAGCUCCGACGACGAUUCACGCCCGCCGCACGUCAGGUAAACGCCACGCCGCUUUUUGUAAAAUAUUAUUUUUCAGAGCGCGGCUUUUGCCGUGCGCACCUACGGUGUGCUAUGCCGAGACGCGCGUUUUUUUUUCCCCCCCCCCCCCCGACCCCGUUUGUAAACGAACUUUUCUACCCGCGCGAAUCUCGUCCCGCGGUCGUCGUCCGUUUUGUGGGGUGUCGGUCGAGUGCGUGACGGCUGUCACAUCGGGGACGGCGUUUCGUCCGGGGGGUUUGUCUUUUUUUUUUUGUUUUGUUUUUUUUAUUUUUAUCCGUCCCGAGUCUCGUUUUCUAGCACUGUUUACGCGCGACUUUUGCGACGUUUUCAACAAGCUGUUCGUUAAAGUCUCCACGACUAUUUUUCUUCUGUUACACAUUUUAUUGUAUCGCAGUGUUUUAUCAAAAGACAAUGAAUUACUCGCGGCGCAAUUAUUAUUGAUCCGUACAAAAGUACACAAGACAACGGCAGUAUAAGAAAUCGACCGACCGCCUUGAUCGGAAUAAAAGUCGUUCUCUACUUUUUAAUUUUUUUUUUUUACAUAUUUUACUUUUAAUAUUUUUGUUUAUAGAUUUAUAUCAAUGUAAGUCGGGGAGUUCAAUUGGGAAAAUAACCUGUGAGAGGGACGAUUUUUUUUUAAAACUAUUUACAAUUAAUAGUUUAAUUAAACCAAAUACCUAUUUGAAAUGUUUGAAGUUUUCUUUCACUUAUUUUUGGGUUUUAUGUGGAUACAUUUUUAUUUGCCUAUCGAAAAUGCAAUCCAAGGUUCAUUAUAAUAUAAUAGUAGUUUUUGUGACACUAUGCAAAUAUCGAAAUCCAUAUCGUGACAAAUUUUUUUAAGCGUUUAAAAUUCAAAUUUUUAUGAAAAUCUUAAAAAUCACUACAUUUCGCGAAUGCUAAUACGGCACUAUGCUAAUAGUCGCUCCCACGCGCACUCUCGUUUUCGUUUUUUUCAAUCCGUUACAAACAGCACCCGCAGCACUCGUGUCGUUUUUAAGAACGAAAACUGGUAUUUUUCUCUUUCAGCUAAAAUAUUGAAAAAAAUAUAUAUAUUUAUAAAUUGCUCGGUUAGGAAGACGGGGGUUAUACAGACACCAUGCACAUUAUCGAUCAGAUUAGGAUAAUCGUAAAUUCAAGUAGUGAUGUUCGAAUCCCCGCAGCGUUUUAUAAGUUCCAACGGUUUAGUUUAUUUGGUACGAACGUAGAGUUCAAAACGCGCGAAACAAAUGUAAAAAAAACCAGUUACAUUAUAUUAUUCAAAAGCCUGUAACGGUAAAACGAAUCGUUGCGUUACGUAUAAAUUGCACGUGCAAUUGCAAUUGUAUAGUUUCCAGUAAAAGUCUAAACAUAAAUGAAAAUGUAAAUUCUAUUGAUUUUUUCGCGGGACUCUUUGACGAUAUCAGUUUAUGUUGGGUGCACGGGGGUUGAGUUCGAUUGUUUGCGCGAUUUUCGAACGGUCCGCAACGUCACGUAGUUAAAUUUAUCAUUUAUCUGAUUCGACCGCGAGUGCAUAUUCUUGAAUACUAGUGUUAAAAAUACAAAGUAUACAUUUUGCGUCGGGCCAAUAUUUCGAACGGUAACCGGGAAAACGAAACAUUGAAAAGAACGACAAAGAAAAAACCGCCCUUGACUAUCAAAAUCCGUCACCAGGGUCCCAGCCGACUGGUCGCUGCUACGAUUUUCUAAUUGUUUGUGUAAUUUAAAACAGUUAUGGUUACCAGAGUUUUGUUACAUUUUAGUCAGUAGGGGUGUUUAAAACCCGGCAUUUCCACUGAGGAAACGAAAUUCGAGCGUAAUUGUGGUUGGAGAGUGGGUUGAAUGUCGAACCCCCUAAAGGUACGACCUCGAUACUCGCACCAAGCCAUACGCAAUCGCAUCGUUCGGGGUCUGCAAGGGCACGCGAAUUAAAAAACCAAACCUAACCAAGAUCGCUUCAACCGCUUGCACAAAACAACUGUCAUUCUCUGGGACGUUUUUGCUGUCCCGGUAUUGCGGGAGCUAAAGAAAACGACCGGCUCGUUUAAAAUAAUUACGUUCGUGUUAUCCGCCGAUAUUAUUUCGAAAUACACGGCAACGCUGUCCGUAGUGUUCGCGGUCUGGUAUCCGACGUUCGGACCGAACGCGCGAGACAUUGCGGUGGUCCGACGGGAGAAAAAAGCAAAAGUACGGUCAAGAGUAGUUUAAAAAAUGUACAAAACGCCGAGCCGCGCGUGUGCACAUCACGUUGCAACGGCCGACGGGGUGGACGGUCGCCGGGGCCGUUGUAGGCAUUGUCGUUGAACGGGCAUAGCAAACGAGAAUGCGCGCGCGUCACGUAAUUAUUAUUAUCGACCGGUUGAUGUUUUUUUUUUAUAUUUUUUUUUCCCAUCAUUUUUUAACGGGCGCCAGCGCACACGCGGAGAUAAACAUUAUAACGGACGUGUACGUUUUUUCGUUUUUUUUUUUUUUUUUUUUUUUUUUUUUUUGUUUUUUUUUUUCGUAUCGUACGCGCGACGUGCCGCCGUAACUAUCGUCUUAAUAUGAUGGUAAUAAUUUUUCGGUUUUUUUUUUUUUUUUUUUAUCGACGGCACACCGACGACGACGACGACCGCGGGGACGUCGUACCGGUCGGACGGCCCCCGCGGGCGAUCGCGCGCUCAUUGUGACGGGUGUAAUUCAAUCCGGUGUACCCGCUGCAGUAAUAAUAUUAUUAUCGUAACGCGCGACCCGCGAUAAAUCCGAGUGUCCGUUUGCGUUUCGCCGUACGCGCGCCGGGGCGGCACGGUGUGCGUGUAAGGGAACUGCGUGGAUAAAAAAAACGGAAUCGACACGAAAGACACGAGCAAUAAAAAACUCGUCCGUGUUCCGUCGCCCGAACCGUUCUUUCCGUAUGUAUGGUGGUUUACCUCCGACCCCCGUCUCCGCCCCUGUCGUAUCUGCACGUCGACAGGUGUACACGGCCGUCGUCGCGGCCGCAGACAAAUCUCCGGGCGAACAUUGGGCCGCAUUGAGAAAAUAUUACCUAUCGAAUCGGAUUUUUAUUUAUUUUUUAUUUUUUCCCCCGACAAAGUCGCGCGUAUUAUGAUUCCCGCGGUGUCGUCCGUCGCCGCGACGAGAGAAUGAAAAACGAUGCGGUUUUUUUAUUGCACGUAAUAAUAACGAUAAAAAAAUAAAAAAUAAAAAAUAAAAAUAAAUAAAUACAAAUAUAAUAAUAUAUAGUGGCAUCGUCUUGUUUCGAGUUAUUGGAUUCAAUACGAGAAAUAAAAACCACUUUCGUCACCGUCGAAAUGUUUAGGUAAUAGUAUACGUUUUCGUCGCAGACAAAUGUUUUUUUUUUUUUUUAACAUUCUGUUAAAACGCGAGUAUCGCAUUACGUAAACCGUAAACUCCUUUUCGGAAAUAAUCAUAUACACGCUUGUUAAAACGUCGAGCCGCACAAUAUACUAUGUAUGUAAGAUGUAACGCGAAAAUCCCACAGCUGUAAUAACUUUUGUUCUUUUUAAUUUUUGUUCGAGUGUUUUUUUCAAGUGAUUACUAAUCGAAUCUAUAAUGUGCACCGUAGACGAUUCCUCUGUUUUUAUUUUUUUCGAUUCUUGAAGACUAAAAAUAAAAAUUUUUUUUUACAAAAAAAGCUAGUCAAAUAUAAUAUUUCGUAACAAAACUGCACGGUGUUAAAAAUAUUGUUUACAAACGGCGAACGGUGAAGCUUCUAAAAUGGUUCGAAGUUGACGAUAACCACUGUAUAGUUUUCGUCGUGAAAUAAGCACUUACAGACACAUAUUUUAAAAGAGCGAAAAUGACAGAGGGAUUUAAAAGUCCCCACACUAACUCGUUGAAUUAAAUUUCCCAACACUACAAAAAUAAUUCACGUUAAAUAAAUUCGAAAACGUCCCCGCAGCCGCCCAAGUCUUCGGCUAUCGUCGCGGAUUUAAUCGCCGCGUAUUAUGUAAAAAACCCAAAAAAUUCAUAAUACCUGCGUAAUAUUUUGAAUAUUCAAUUUCAUUCGCGUAAUGUCCCCCAACACGCGACCGUCACGGUACUGACGGGCUGUAACGUGACACGGCGACCGUUUCCCGAUUCGAUCGAUCGGCGGAGAACACCCGUAACAAGCGUUACGAGCGUGUACCGGAACGAGUUCGCGCGGCCCGAGGCGUCCGCCCGGCUGUCCGUUUUUUUGUCGCGCGGACAUCCGCGACGCCGAAUACGUUCGGAUGGCAUCCGAGCGACCGGGCGGCCGUGCGCGCGCGUAAUGUAUUCGUGUGGGGCCGCGGACGGCGUCACGCGCUCCGCGGAUCUGCCGGAACGCGAAUGAAACGGGAAACGGGGGGGGGGGGGGAAAAAAAAAAAAAGAAAAAAAAAAACGCGCGGAACAAACAAAGAGCCGCGCGAUACCGAGAGACGCGCGCGUGACGCGAUUUCGUCAGACCGAAUUGAAACAAUAUAACGCGAAUCGUUUUCAUUGUGCCGGCAUCGUUGCACGGUUGCCGCGGCGUUUUAAUUUUUAUCGUAUUCGACACAUCCCGGGUCGGGCAACGCGGCGGAUUCGCGUUACAACGCACUCGUUACGGGUCGCCGGGUUCGCGUAGGGUACACUGCGCGCGCGCGCGGCUCGUCGGUAUUGUUCGGGUGGCCGCGAGGCGGAAAAUCCGAACGCGCCGGCAACGACGGCGAUAAUAAUAGCAACGAUUACGCGUUGCGCGGUAUUCCGGCGGUCCGUUUGUUGCGACGAGACGAUCGCGUGCGGCCGAUAGAUAUCGUUAUCAUUGUUAUCGCAGUUAAUAUCUACGCCCCGGCGGUGUUGCGAUACCCGCGGGCAGGCGCGAGCGCGGCGGCGCAGUUCCCCGGUGGUGGGAGGGAGGGAGGGCGUGUCAUAAUGUACACGAAUUGCCGACCUUUUUUUUUUUUUUUCUGUUCAUCGCUCUAAAACACCUCCUCCUCCUCCCCGAAUUCUGUUUCGAAACUGCGUCUGGAUUCUUUUUAGCGCGGAAAAGCUUCUUCAUUUCGGUUCACGCGGUGUAACACGGGUAGCGUUGCAAACACUUGAAGCAGUUUGAACCGUCCGAAGGUGUUGGACAUGAAUCGGUCGCGAUAAGAUCGGGUCAAUUUUUGUUAAAAAUACUAACUGGGCACGGUUCCUCGCGGUAAUCCACUUUUUUUUUUUUCAAAUAGUUACCAAUACAUUUUUUCGUUUUAGCGAUUUCAGUUAAAAUAAUUACUCGACAAAUAAGAAAAAUCGGAAAAACAAUGAGUUAACCAUGAUGAUAACCAUGAUAUUUUGUCAUGGCGUUAACAGUGUAAAGCCACGCCGCUGUUACUAUGCACGUUUGAGGUGUUUUGAUUUCUAUAUGCAUGGGAACAAUCCGUUCAAAUCUAAAAUCGGGAAAAUUUCCAUUUUUUUUUUUUUCUAGUGAUCGUUUCAUAAUUUGAAAAGUUAUUUUAAACUAUUUAAGGGGGUCGUCAUAUCUCCCUAACAUCUCCCCCCAAGUACGCCACGGGGACCUCUGACAAUAUUGUAAUGUUAUUCGAAUCGCGGAGAAAAUAAAUAUUAGCAAUUUUCGCGAUAGCACGUGCAAUUUCAAUUAUAACGAUACGGAAUACGUAAUUAUAUUAUUGUACACAUUACGUUAUUAUAUGUAUAAAAAGUUGCGUGCGGACCGGGAAAAAAACGAUUUUGUGUUUAGUGGCCGCGGCAAAUCGACAAAGCGGCUUUUACCAGCGAAAUUGUGCACGCAGGGUGAUUUUUUUUUUUUCAUCACGAACUAGCAAUUUUCUCGGAGGAUUUAAGUGAAUUCGAUUUCCGUUUUUUUUUUUUUUUAACUAUAUGAAUCGGUUAAGCUUUGUUUUAAAACCAUUUUUAAUUUUUUACCGCAUACUCCAUUAAAUAAGUAUAUACUUUAGUUUUUCAAAUAGGAACCCCCUCCCCUCUUUUGAACACAGAUUUGAAUAGAGAAAUAUUCUAGACAUUUUGAUAUGCCCAACACUAUAAUAUCAAAUUCACCGUUUAAAGUUUAGAUUGAAGUGAUAAAUUGCGUGGUUGCACUUUCGAAAAUCGUCUGAUAAAUCGACGUGUUCGCGUCGCUUUGCUCACCUAUACUCGUAAAACCCGUACGUUUCCCAGACGCGUUGAUCCUAUAAUAACCGACGUGACACAUCCGUCCGUAAUAUUCGCCCGAUACCUGUUAUGCACUUUCUCCCCGGAUGUAUUAUUAUACCGCCAGUCGGCGCACGACACAAUAAUGCACCCGUUUAUCGUGUACAGUAUCGUUCGAAAAUUGAAAAUCCUAUUGUAGUUCGGUUUUUUCCCGCGUAUAUUAUGCGUACCUGCCGCACGUGCAUAUAGAAUUAAGACGCGUACGUAUCGUGAACGGCAUGGGUAGUUAAAUCGCCGAUUCAGCCACUCGAAGUACUUUCUAGCUCGGUCUCGGUGAUACGAGUUGUAAAUCGUCGACGUUUCUCGCGUCAAACGACUAAACUCCGUUAACGGAUAAACCGAUUUGGCCGGCGAGACACCGAAACAUACUCGCCGGUGCUCAUUGUUACAAACUCGAUUCUUUUUUUUUUUUUUUUUGCACACAAAUACUUACGCGUCCCGCUAAACCGGGCUCAAAGGUAUAUUGCAGUCGUGAGACAAUCGCUUCGGAAUAAACGUUUGGGCCUCGGAAUUUAAAAAAUAAAAAAUAACAAUAACAAUGACGAUUCGUCCUACUCGGAGUUUUGAAAUUGGUGCCUUCAUUUUGCCGGGGGCCCGUUGCGUGUAUAUUAUUAUAAUUAUAGUCAAAAAAAGAGGUAAAAGUGUCGUCCUUGAAGGUCAACGGAGGGAAUGGGAAGGUGACGGGAAGUACAAUCCAGCGAUGAUGAUAAAUUUGUGAAUGCGCGCGGGCACGACGGCAACAAUAUAAUUUAAAGCCUGUACGAACCGGAUGCACAUCCCGUAAAUCCCGGUCAAAAAAAACUCGAUCGGGGGCUUAAUAUAAAACAAUCUUUUUUUUUCUCUAAACGAUCGACGCCGUUAAUAAAAUUUACUACCAUUUACCGCGAUGGUUCAUUGUGAUAAAAACAUGGUAUACAUUAUACAAGCCCCUUUUUAAAAGCCAUUUCGGAGUCGAUAAAACGCGUAUUUUUUCGACAAAACAGCAUUAAAAAAAGACGGACACACUUCGCACGUGGGUGCAGCCGCUGUUCUAGGUGAAAAGUUGGGAAAAUAGGACACAGGCGAGAAUUUAAUGUAUAUCUGUAAGUAACGAUAGACCAUUGUUAAUGAAAAAACGAUUCUGAGCGGAGUUUAGUUGAUAGUGUUGUUUUGUCAACAAUAUAUUAUGUCAUAUUUUGGUAAAAUGAUUACAGCAAUGUGCUUUUCCAUGACAACAAUGAUUGUUUAAAAAAGAAGUAAUAAUAACAAAAAAUAAAUAAAAACGGUUGACAAUGACAACCGUUUUUUAAUAUUUCAAUCUUUUUUGAACAUGAAUGAGAAUUUUAAAAAGAGACCUCUCUAAAGCACCAGCCAGAGAACAUUUUUUUUUUAGGAAAGGUGCUAUACAUGAUAAUCGGAAUAAGUUUUCUGAUGGAAAAUGUGUUAAAAAGUGAAAAAAAAAAUAAUAAUAAUAAAAUAAUAUACAUCAUUGUUAAACCAAUACAGUUCCACCCAGAAUCUAAAAAAAAAAUAAUAAUAUCUAUUAAUAAAACAUUCCAAACAAAUUUCACAAGACUAUCAGAUUGGUGUAUAGAUUUUAGUACUUGUUAACAUAAAAACUAAGUGGAAAGGUAUUGUAAAGACAACUGAACAUGUUCGCGAUCAUGUACACGACUGUAGUUGUAAAAAAAAAAAAAACAAAUGAUUGAUAUGUCCAUGCGAUUGAACCCAACGCAGCGAAACGAUGAGAAUUCUGAAAACAGAUUUAAAUUUGUAUACAGUUGAAGUCUGUACUUUUUGUCCCAUUAAAUAAAGAAAUUAUAUAAAAACUUAAAUUUCCGGAAAAGUUAAAAUCGAAAAUUUCACAUGUCGAUGUAUUGAGUAGUAACAGACUCGGUGUUAAAUUUAAAUCCGAUUUCAUAAUAUUGGUAUCGUUAUACAUACACAGACGGAAAUCCACGGUUUCUGAUCCUUAUAUUAAUAUUCGAACUCAUAAUUUGAGCAUUUUCAAAAGACGGCGAAUUUGUUUUGUAAUUUAAUUUUUCAAACAUAUUCCUGGCCGGGCUCUAGAAACGGAAAUGUUGUAGGCAUGAUUCGUUUAUCGAACCUAAAAAAUCACUCGCGAAUGACUUGUUUGCCAGCACAUCAAUUAAACCGCAUUAAUAUAAGUGUCACGAGUACGUUUAAUAUUUCGCCUACUGUUUCUAAUAAAUACAAUAUAAAUUCACGUAAAAAAUAAUGCAUAUAUUAUGGAUAAAUUUUAUUUGGACGAUUGUAUCGUUUAUAAAGAUAAACUUUGAAAAUAUACCUAUCCAGAUAAAAUACAAUGCCGUGGGCCUAGGUAUGGAUCUAGACUAGGCGUGUAUCAUAAUAGGUACGUAAUAUAUAUAUACUAGAAAAAAUUCACGGAAAACGACGGAAAUUUGCAAAAAUGACUCGUCCGAAAACCACCGUCCGUUAAUUAGGUAUUAAUUUUAUUGUGUAUAUAAUAUAACGGGAUAGACGAUGAUUCGUCGGUUUUUUUUUUUUUGUUCUUUUCCGUCGCGUUUGUGUCCCAUCGCGAAAUACCACGACGACGACAACGACGUAUGUUACGCAUCACACGUGUGUAUAUUUUAUAGCUGGUACGACACGUACUUUCUUCCGGAAAGACGGCAGUCAUUACGAGUGGAAAAUAGAAGAGAAAGCGAGAAUAUUAUUGUAAGUAUACACAAGUAUAUUAUUGUAAGUAUUGUACCGACGACUAUUACUUACCACUACUACUACUACUACUACUACUACUACUACUACUACUACUACUACCACUACUAGUAGCAGUACUAUUUGUUAAUACUUAUUACUGUUCGUGUGUGCCCGCGAACCCGUGCGAUACACGUGUGCGAAGUGCGAGGUGCGAGAGCCCGAGGUAGGGUCACGCGACUCGGCGGGGUCAAACGCGAGCGGCGGCUACAUCACCGGUGUUACGACCGCGUUAUGAUAAUAAUAUUAAUAUCGCCACCUACGCCUUUGCGCCGAACGCGCACUUGCCGGCGGAACGCGUAGAAUAAAAUAUCGCCGAUUCGUGUGUGAUAUUGUCCGUCACUACAUAAUACGUUACGCGCACACCGCCGGAGGACCGUAUUAUACGUUAUGUACGGGUGCCCGUAGUAAAAAAAAAAACAUCGUACGUUCGAAAUACGCAGACACGCACAGAGAGAGAGAGAGAGAGAGAGACAGACCGGGUUCGGAAAUCGAAAGUCAUCGGCCGGGGCAAAGGUCCGGCGAGCGGACUUAUUGUAAUGCCGUUGCGUAAUAAACGAUAUAGACGAGCCGAACUCGCUGCACUACGUCCGGGGCGAAGAUCCUCUCGUCGUCGCCGGUGUUGCGGCGGCGUGUGGGCGCGAGAAACCGGAAACGGCGGCGGUCGGGUCGUUCACGACAAACGUUACACGCGCUUAUUAGUAUACCCGUUAGCACGUAACGCCGAAGAGACGGUUUUCUCGGUUUUCGGAUCCCGCACGCCGAUAACGACAAUAAUAAUAAUAAUAAUAUUCUACGUACGCGGUAUAUUAUUGGGUCGUUUUGUUUUAUUUAUUUUUUUUUUCUCGCCGUCCGCGUUAGUUGCGAAAUUGCCGCGCAAGACUACGGGCGACACCGCGCGGUGCACAAUAUGUGUGCAGUUAAAAAUGUACACACACACACACAUACUUACUGUGUCGUAGCGUAUUGUCUGUCCUCGUCGGGUAAUAAUGGAUCCGAAUCGCUCGCGAGUCCUUUCUCGGCGUAGAGCAGAAUUCUCUACCAGCCGACUUGUCGCCGUGCGAUAUUUUUCAGUGUUUUCUGUUAACCGGUCCGAAAAUAGUUAUGGUUCCCAGGGUUCGGUCCGUGAAAACGUAACGUUUUAGCGUAAAAUCGGUCGGGAAAACGUAUCUUCGGUACGCAAUUUUAUUCCCACGGCUUCAUUCGGAAAAUACAGUAGGUGUGUUCAAAGUUAAAAUUGAUCGCGGUUAAAAAAAAAAACCGCUUGGCGAUUUGAUACAAAGUUUAUUUUCUGACAAAAUAAAAAAAAAAAAAUUAUUUUUUUUUUUUUUAUAAAUGUUAAGUACAAAUCUUCGAUAAAAAGAAUUUAUGCGAUAGUGGUUUUAUGUAUUUUCACGUACGAGCCUGUGAUAACCUAUUUUAAGUAGGAUUUUAUUGUUUUCAUUUUUUUUUUUUUUUUUGUGAAUGUGUUCAAACGUUAAAAAUAUGUUCUCUUUGAUCGCCGCGGAAGUUUAUCGACCGGCUCUCGAGUCUCGGGGUAAUUUCUCAACCGCACACUAAUGUAGGCGUGUACAGUAGUGCAGUAUACAUAGUUUCACCGAUCAUCUUAAAGUACUUCGAGUUUUUUCCUCCAUUUUUUACAUUUUUUUUUUUAUGACCAUCGUACGCAAUUAAUUUUCACUAAAAUAUUUAACGCGUUUAUGAUGAAUUAAUAUAAUUUCGUCGUUACAGACGUUACAUAAAGUAGAGACGGCGUUUAAUGUUCUCGUAUAAUGAAUGAUAGUACACGAAUAAAGUAUUUCGAGAAUUAAAUUCGUCGUAUCUUUUUUUUUUUUUUUUUUUAAGUAAAUGUUGAUGAGCAGAGGAAUAAGUACCGAUUGGAUAAAAUGUUUGUCUACAUGUGGACGCGAUGCAUAACGUAUAUUAUAUUGUAAUUAUAGCUGUGAACUUAAUGCAGUGAACAACCUUAAUGCACAAAAAAUGGUUUUUAAUUUAAUUUGUGUGUUUAUUUUGAUACUGCAUGUACAUCGCAAGCCUAUAAAUAAUUAAUUAAAGCAAUAUUGCCUUAUUUUAUCAAAUCCUUAUUUUUAUCUAACCCGCAUACAGCUUGGGUAAAAUAUUAUUUUAUAAAAUAUAAAUGUGACGUACGUAUACAACCUGUGUAAACCAUUGCAUUACGGAAAAACGGUUCUGAGCGGAAUUCAAUUGAUAGUGAUGCUUUGUCAACAACAUUAAUGCCAUAUUAUAGUAAAAUAAUUAAAUAGGCUCUAUAUAUUUUCUUUAUUAAUAUUUGUUUAAUGUUGUAACGAUUUUCCCGGCUUUCCUAGUUUUUCACAUUUGCUGAGAAAACUUCGGGGAAAAUAAAAAAAACGACUUCUCUAAAGUUCAUCCCCAGUGAAAUUUCCUUUCAGAAACAUCGCUAUCAUCAAAAGUUGUAGCAAAAUUGCUGGUAGAAAAGUUGUCCACAGAAAAUGUUACACAAAUAUAUUCUAUAAAUUUUCCCGUUUUUCGGAGGGGGGGGGAAAUAACAUAAAUUUCUUAAUAAAACCAUAAACUUCUUCGCUCCGCUCAGAAUCUAAAAGGAACAACACCGAUGUCAUCGGUGCCGGCACAGGUGAAUUAAGGAACCGGUAAAAUUAAUUAUUAUGUAUACUCAUUGAAUAGUCCACGGGGCAUCGUUUAAACUUUGCGAUUUUUUUUUUCAAACUCGUGAUGUGUAGUUUUUACGAAAAAAAAAAAUAAUGGGGAGCUCGUCUUGUAUGCACGUUAUGGAGAGACGAUUACGUUUUCGAUCCGGCUGUUCGUCAUCGUAAUUUCAAGUUUACGGGCCUUUAGCACGACAAUAUAACACGAUCGCUUGUACUGAAACAUCGCGUAUCACGGCGUUCGAUAAAAUUAGACUAACAUCGACGUUGAUAGAACCAAGUGGUUCCGAACAAACGUUUUGUUCUGCGCAUUUUCUUUUCUGGUCGCGCGCGUAUGGUUACACUGUAAAUCGCACGGACCGGUUAACGCCACUGAUAUCAAACGUUUGUACACGACGUGCCACACAACUAUCUCGGCCACUAACGCGUGAUGGUCGAACUGAGUCGGGAUAAAUGUCGUCUCGACCAUCCGGUAACACUACGAGACCAGCCGAGAUACGGGCCGUUGCAGCGCAAUCGUAAACCGACGGCAUUGUCGUCGGCCGUUGUUUGCGCGUAGGCAUUAAAACACCCGGCGGCACGUCAAAUUUCCGAAACGCUCAUGUCAACACGGCGGCUUCGACAUUGUAAUAAUAGCAAUAACAAUAAUCUUUAUUCGCGGGAAUGUGUUCCGGUUUACAAGACAAUAUGCGCAAUUGCUGAGUACCGGGUUUAUGCGCACUUGAUAUAAUCGUGCGCAUUCGACGCGCACGCGCUAAAAAAAAUUCGAAAUAUGAACGAAAGAAGAAAUGUUACGAAAUACGCAGAAUAAAAUGUAAAUUUUCAUUAUUGUUAUAUUAUUUUUUUUUCAAUUUUCCCGUUUCUACCGGGUUCUUCCGCGGGAAAAUCAAAAAAAAUAAUCUCCGCACAGUACUGCCCGUGGACAAUCGCCUUUCGGAAAGCGUGCUACACUCGAUAGAGUUCGGGGCGAGAUUUCCGAUGGAAUUUUCGUUGGGCAUAUAGAAAAAACGAAAAACACAAAAAACUGCAUUGUAAAAACCCGGAUGCAUGUUACGCUACACACUGCAGAGCCUGAAAGUGCGACUGAUGCGGCGCCGCGUUAAUUGACGGAAAAAACGGCGAGUCGCCCGCGGCCGUCCUUUCGGGGCGUGUUUAUUUCGGGUACGUUUUCCACUAGAUUUUUCGUCGACGCGAGCGGCAGCGGAGUGCGGGAAAAACGCGGGGCUACGCGCGCCGACGUCGGAGCAUGCGAAAACGGGGCGUAACACCGCGUGUGCGGUCGCGGCGAACCGGCCCGUCAACGGUUCGUCGUGGUUCACGUCGUUGAACGCGCGCGGAAAAUACCGACGUACGCGAAAAAUCCGGUCUUUAGACUGCGAACCCGACGGUGCGGACCGCGCAGGGUCGCGCGCGGGGCAAACCGUGACGGGUGCGAUAUCGCGGCGCGUAAUGCAGGCGCUCUAUACGUGCGCGCGUGUACGCGCGGCGACGCGUGUAGCGCGAGCGUACGAAGAGGGAAAAAAAAAGAAAAAUGAAAAAAAUUAUAAUUACGAUUAUUGUCGGGCGGCCCAUUGUUAACGUGCGACGCCGCGGGUGUCGUCGCGCGCGCCGGCGACGUCGCAUUUUUCAGCGAGCACGCGGUCGGCCUUGCUUUCUCCGCGGGCUUGCGACAGACUUUCCGCGCGCCGGGUCGGUCCGCCCGGGCCGCCGUCACGGAGGCCGACCGAAUUGUCGAACUCGCACGACGACGGCGGCGAUAACGGUGAGAUUAUCACGCGCGCGCCGUAAACUUUUCGCGCUCGUCGGGGUUUCUCACUUCUCCGCUCCGUCCCCCGCCGCCGCCGCCGCGACCGCGACCGGUGGGAAAAUACGCGAACGCGCGGCGCUUCCCGUCGAAACCGGGCUGGCGGGCGGGCGGGGGGGCGAGUCGAACGUUUUUUUUUUCCAUUUGAAUUGAUUUGAGUUUUCUCUAGUAAAAUUAUUCCGAACAAACCGCGCCGCGAGCCGAGCUAUACGAGUUGAAUUUAAAAUUUAAGUCGGACAUUUUCAGGAUAACCGUAAAUUAAGGUAAAAGUCGCGCGUUUGGGUUAGAACACUUUAUAUCCCAUGUCAUGUCCAUCCGUCCGUGUAGCACGCGUAUUACGAUUGUUAUACGGUUGUUGAUUCGGUUGACGAGGAGACAUAAUUAUUACAAUGCCAUACGUUUCGUUAUUAUGUUCGACGCGAAACGUUUCCCGUCAACAGUCCAAACCUCACGACAUUGUUUUAGAUUUCCGCACGGCAUAAGCGUAGUACGAUAAGCGAGUUUGGGUGGUUUAGUCGGGUCGGGUUAUUUCAAAAUCGUUUAUGGAACAAUUACGGUUUGUGUUGUUUAACGAAAAAAACCCAGUUGUUUUCUAACAUCGUUAGUAUUAUUAUAAAAAAAAAAAAAAAAAAAAAAAAAAAAAAAAAAAAAAACAGAAAACAGUAUUCGAUUUAAAAGCGAUCGAACAAAAACGACUCGUGACCCGUGAUUUGACUUUUGACUUUUCGACGCUGUACAAACACGGUCGUUGUCCGGAUCCGCUUCCCACGGCGCCAUCCCGGACGCGGUUUCGCGCCCUCGGGGUGUUCGCGAGGGAAAGCCCGCCCGCGCGGAACGCCGUGGCCCGUAACCCGCACGACCCGCGCACGCCCGAAAACCGCACAAUCACCGGCCGACAUCGGUGCGCCCCGGACGGGCGUUCCGUGUAGGCCGGAAACGCGUCGCACGCCCGAGCAUACGACCGGGCGACGGUCGCACGGUCGUGGAAAUUACAUUACGGUUUACGUGCCGGGUGUCCGCCGCCUUCGGGCGCACACGCGCAUCUCACGAUAUCUUGCAAUAGAAAUAUGAUAGAGAACGACAACAACGACAACAGCGACAACAGCGGCAACAGCGGCAAUAGCAAUAACGCGGCGACGGGUUAAAACGCAGAACGUCCCGCACGGCCCGUCCGCGGGUCGUUUCCCAGUCCCGGGCCGGGCCCGGACCGGAACCCGCGGUCGCGGCGCUUCCGGUCGGAAACGGCGGGGCAAUUGUUUUUCAGCGCAGCUUAAUUAGUUUCGAUUCGAGCGAUUCGAUUUUCGCAACAUUUAAGGAUUGGUGUGCUGUGGCGAUCAGUGUCGGCCCCGUACGGGCGUAUUCGCAUAAUUAUAUCUAUGUGUCUAUGUUUUAUUUUCCGACGGAUUUUUACGUUAUUUCCGUGUAACUGUACAUGCGUUAAGGUCUUGCCAGAAGUCUAAAUUUGUAUACCUAUAUGCGGACUAACGUAAUCGGAUUUGUAUUUUUAUAUCAGACACAAAACGAGUGGGUUAGGUUAGGUUAUUUAUAUUUUUAUUAGCUGCGCAUAAUUGGUACCGACUUGAUUUUCGUCGAUUACGACCCGCGUCCUAAGAAACACACGGCACAAUUUGUUUACUGUCGGCACAGUAUUAUUAUGAAUAUCUAUAGAUAAACUGAUAUUCGGAAUACAUAAAUUGCGGGGUCCCGCGCGGUCGCACCGAUCGCACACCCCCACCCGUUGGUUUUUCAAACGAGAACCUCUAUUAAAAAUUCCGUAAAUAGACGAUGUAUUACUUUGAAACACAUUUUGAUGUCGACAUUUUUGAUUUCCGUCUACCCGCUUAACGAGACAUUCCGCUUUUAAGUUUAGGUAGCGGGAGAGUAUCAUCUGUGCUCCAACUACUCUACCCGGCGUAAGUUCUCAUCUGAAAAACCAAAGUUGGUAUCACCACGGGAUACUCCUUAAAUGUUGUGGAAAAUCUAAUUGUUUGAAAACGUCGGCGUCGACUACACUUAAGAAUACCGAAAAUCAGAAAUUGAAUACACGCACGAUUUGACCGAAAAAAAAAAUGGGGUGAGCACGCUUAGAGAACCGCUCUGUAUAUGUUUCCGAACUGUCGAUAACUUCCCGCAUUACAAUAUCACAGGGACCGCGGGAAACGAAUUCCUCGGGAUAUUUUUUAAUAGGGUUUUUCUUUUGCCGCUGCAUUUCGUAUGCAGCAAACGUGUACGAUUUGACACUGUAAAUCAUUAUACACUACACAGGUGUAGAAUCGAGGGGUUCCCUAACUUUUCACGCGUAUUUAUAGUAAAAAUAACGACGCGCGCGCUUUUCACUUAUUGAUUUCCGACAACGCGGACCCCUUGCCGACCGGAAUAGACUCGCGGGGGCCAUACAGAUCCCCUCCUGUAGAAACCGCCGGUGUAGUCUCGGUUGAAGUUUCACCCGCGGGACCGCAAUUAAAUAAACAUCGGGAAUGUUUCGAAUGUUUGUCGGACGUAAAUCCUGAAUUCACCGAAACCCCCCCGCAGCCGGACGUACGCAAACUGCCCGUCGUUUCAAGGGCAUGAAAGCGAGUAUGACCUUAACUCUCCCCCCGCCCCCGAAAUGGUUUUUCACCAUUUUGGCGUACUGCGCUCGAUCGGGUGGCGGCGCACGGCCUCCGAAAACGCGUGAACCGCUUCGCGGUGCCGCGGGAACGGUGGGCCCGACCCUCGGGCGGAACCCGACGACACCGAUCCAGCGUGACGUCGCGUCCGGAGCGGACUGCGCGUGCACGAUCCCGAUUGCGAUACCGUCGUUAAUGCUAUUGCACCCGUACCUAUACCGUUGUCGUGCGACCGGAGGAAUUCCGAUUGUACCACACGUCAUUAUUAUUACGAUUAUUACGAUUAUUACGCUCGCGGACGAUUACCACGAUUACCGUGAUUACGACGACGAUAAUUAUAACGAACGCGCCGCAUCCGCGCGGCCCCGAAACAAUGGACCGCGGAUGCGUGCGUUCGUGCGGACGGGCGUUUCACGGUUUCGGGUUUCGUAUAUUAUUAUUAUUAUUAUUGUUAUUACGAUCGUAACGCGCGUUGCUAGUGUUCAUAGAAAAUAUUAUUCAGAUCGAAUCGCGACACGUUCGACGACGACGACGACGUGACCGUCCUUGAGACAGAUACGCGCGUCGUGCGCGCGCUCGUGGAAAACCCUGUACGGUAUUACGGGCGCGACAAUAUCAUCGCUGCGCGUAAACGCGUCGUCGCGGUUAGGAAAAACAAAUCGAGGCGUCCGCGUAUCUGCGUUAUCGUGCACACGGUUACACGGUCGCGCGAACGGAUUCGAUAAAAACACGUUUCCUUUCCGUUCCCGUCCCCCCCAUAAGAAUUCCCCGGAUCGGACCGAACGACCGUUUGCGCCGAUGAUAAUAAUAAUUAUAAUAAUCGACGACGGUGAUUAAUACAACGUGAUACGGAAUCCGCGAGCGCCGCGACCACGGAGCCGCGCGCCGAGCGUCCCUGCAGCCCGCGGCGGCACCCUACUCAUUAUCAAGAGAGGCCCGCCGGAGUCCUUGCGCGUACCGCGGUCAUGACCGUCUGCCGUGUUGUUGUUUUUUUUUUUUUUUGUUCGUUCUAUAAUGUGGGAACUGCAGCGGCGGCAGCAAGCAGCGGUACGCGUGCGGGUCGGCGCGGGUUGGGCAAUCGAACGCGGAUUUCGUAACGACGCGCUCGUUUUCGUUCGUAACAACAAUAACGAUAAAAGCGCCGUCGGCCGUUUUCCGCCGCGCCGGGGCGGGUUCGUCGUCGGCGCAUCACGCGCGCGCGCUCGCUGCGUCGCCCAUUGUUGUUGUUGGCGGCGGUGAAAGUGACGGUUUUUCGUGCCCGCGCGCAUUUUCCCGCCGCCGCCGCCGCCGCCGUCGUCGGGGCCGCGGGUUCCGAAAAAAAAAAAAAAUAAAAACUUCCGCGCGGCGGCGAUCACAAUCACGACCGCGGGGCGGCGGCGCCUCGUGCGUUAAUAAUAACAAUAACAUUUUAUCGGCCGUCCGCGCGGUCACGUUCGCGUACGGCAAUCGCAACGUGACGAUAUCAACGGCACAACGGCCCGACUCGCUGACGCUGACGGUAACCCGUUGUCGGCGGCGAAAUCGGAGUAGCGGCGAUAAAAAUCAACGGACGGCGAAGACGACGCGAACGCGGGUACGAAAUAAUAACCGGGCAAAACGGUAUCGUAGACCGAGCAAAGGACGAAACGCAGCCGACGGGGUUCGCGCGUCGUGCUCUUGAAUGUCAGCGAUGCGGUUCGGCCAAUGGUUUCGGCCCGCUUCUUGUAUUGCGCGCGCGAUUCACAGUUUACGAUACGAGACGGGGCCGUGUUCGGUAGUUGAAUCUGUGAAAAACGUAGACUUGAUUUGCGGGUUCGGACAGCGGCGCUCACUAAGUCGUUUUCCCGCCGCGUACCGUCGUGCGCCGGUUUCGAUCGGUUUAAAUUGAUCGCCGCGAUACUGUCAACGAGACGAAGACUCCGGUGUUUCGAUCGCCGUCGCGUCGUCGUCUGGCUGCCGCGGCGAACGCCGAACGUUCACGCAUUGUUUUGAGUACGGGUUUUGAAGGCGUUCGCUUUUUUUUUUUUUCUAUUGCUCUAAAACGAAGCUAUGUGUGAACUACGAAUUCGAUUUAUACUAUUUAGAAUAAAAUGUCGUACAAUUUUUUUUUUUUUGCUUUUCUUUAGCGGUUUUUCGUAUAUCAAUGCUGUUUCGGGUAUUUCGGGUACUUCGUUUUGCUUUUAAGUCACAUCUGUUCAAAAUGUGUUCUAAAUCAACGCAUUUGAAACGUUUAUAUUUAUUUUACAUUACAUAACGCGUUCCGAGGUCACGGCUGGCUCAAUUGAUUUUAUCUCGUCAUGUUUGAUUUACGGAUAUAUUUAUCGAUGUAAUUUGAAUAAUGUGAUUCACGCACCGUAUGGUAUAUAUAGCAGAUUCAUUUAUCUUGAAACGGCAAUAAACACAAAAAUAUGCUCUUGUUCUGGAAAUCAACUACUCAGAAUUACAGUUUAAUUUUCGUUGUAACACCGUAUGGUUCGUUUUUUACGAAAUUUAUAAUGCUUUUUUUGAAGCUUUUUUGGAAGAUUUAUACAGCUUUAUUGUUUUUUUUUUUUUUUUUAGUGUUUUUCUGUAGUGUUUUAUUGCUUUAACAUCCGUACUCUAUAUAUAAUACUCUAUAUAUAAUUAUGAUAAUCGUAAAAAAACCACACCUAAAAACCAAUCCGAGAAAAACGUAUUAUCGUAAUACUGUAUGACAAAGUUCCUAAUCGGUCUAAAGGUAUACAAAAAAAAAAAAAAAGAUACAGACAUACUUCGCACGAUGGGCGGGCCACUAUUGUAGAUGAAAAGUCGCGAAGCAGGGGCGACUCUAUGGGAUAGGGGCCAUAGGGUAAUCGCUUCCCAAUACAUUCCUCGUUCCUCUCAGAAGUUAAUAUUAAAAAAAAAAACACACUUAUUGGAUUGUAAAACCGCAAUUAGAGAACUUCCCCGCUCCGACCUGUCUGAAAUAAAAACGCGUGAUUCAAAUUAAUAUUUAAUCGAUCUUUAAUUGGAUCACAUAUUUUUUUUAAAUGUUUUUAAUAAUCAUAAACUUCGUAUGUAAUAGUAUGAUUAAAACACAUUUUACAUAAUAUUUUUUCCGGCCGAACAUAGAUGCUUACGAAAAUGGUUAAAACCGCGGCAUUUCAAAACAUACUGAUAUUUGUUCGGAAUCGUUUUUCGUCGGCAACAAUUGAUCGUAGUGUACACAGAUUUUAAUCAAAUAACUUUAUAUAUGAUGUACAGCUCUACACUCCCGAAUUCCUAUCUGCAAUACUGCAGUGGCGCACCCGUCAGCAGCGUCAGCUCUUAGUACGGCCCGUCAGCCGUAGUUUUUCGGCUUUCUCGUUUCGAACUUUCAUCAUCGUCGCCGUAUACGUUUCAUACGGCGACUCAUAAUACGAUACGAUGGAAGAAUUCGAUUGUAAAAACAUGAUAUUUUGACCCGGACGAACAAUAUAAUAGAUAGUUGUAUUGGGUAUACACAAUGUGGGUAAAUUAUACGAGGCUGCAUCACCAUUAAAUCAGUACCUUUCGAAGUACCUGUACGAUAUAAAACAAUAUUUUGUCGGACGAUUUAUCAUCUCGUACAUCGCGGAUCAGCGGUGCAGGUACUCUAGCUCGUGCAAACACUUUCGAUGUCGUAUUUUUUUUUUUUCCAAAGACAGGCCAAACCGCCACGGUGAUCUAUGACCGCGCUGACCGUUAUGAUAUUGUCGAUUGCAAUCCGUUUUCUUCGGCAUUAUAACAUUACCUAGGCGUAUGCAUUAUUACAUUAACUCGUUUGAACCGCGAGUGAGAGGAGAAUGCCUACGGGUAUACUGGGCGAAUAACGAUAAGGGGAAUAUUGUAUUUCCGUCGAUUUAUAUUAGAAAACCGUUGACACGACAACGUGUGUUCGUAUAUUAAGUACAGAGCGAAAAACGAAAUCAUAAUAAAUAGGUCAUCUCGGGGGUCAUCGUCAUAACUUAGCCUCAAAACUUUAUGAGAGUUUUGGCCGCCACUACCGCCGACCUCCAAUAAUAUUACGGUCCUGCAUCUUUUCCUAUCAUCAAUUCCUAACUUCACUGGUUUCUUUUCUGUUUUCGUUCCUCGACCCUAUUGACGUGGCUGGUUCUAAGCGGUAACUCGAUGAUUUCACUUAUUUCCGCAUAACUUCUUCUACGUCCAGUUAUUUAGUUCGUUGUCAAAAAUCGUAUAGGCAAGUUAGUCUUCAAAUAGUCAAUAAUAUUGUCUUGAACAUAACAUUUUGUCUAAAUAAUUUAAAAAAUAGUUAAAAAUAGCCGUCGUGGUAUUUUGAAUAGUAAUGAUUGUCGUGAAAAUUGAUAUCCAACGUAAUUUUUUCCGAAUUUCGGUACUGUCACUCGCUUUUUUUGUUUUUUUUUUUUUGUUGCUAAAAAAAAUGACAGAACUAAUUUAUUACGUGCUACGGGUACGAAUAUCGCAAUAUUUCGGAGACGGUGGUUUUUUUUUGUAAUUCAUUCUAAUAUUAUUACUGUGAACUGCAGCAUCGCUAUAUUAAAUAUAUAUAUAGGUACGUACGAAUACGAAACCGCAGCGGCGGACGAUGAUGAUGAGUUUGUUUUAAACUGUAACUAUCGCGAAAUGCAAUUACUCGAAAAACACUCGACAGCCUAUCUACCUAUCUAUAUAUAGGUACUUUCGAUCAUUAUUUCGUUUCAAACAAUUUAUUAUUAUCGCAAUUAUUGUUAUUCGUUAUCGUGUGACGCGCGUGCGUUUCGAAAAUGUUUAUCGGUGCCGGCGGAGAGAUUCUUUCGCCAUUUCGAAAUAUCAAUUAUUUCGGCCGUCAUAAUAUUAUUAUUAUUGUCAUAAUGACAUGGCGAGCGGAUAAUAACAAUACCGAUAAAAAUCGGUACGCUAUAUUUGGGUCGGCUACUAAAGGCGAGAUGGAAAAAACGGCUUGGUUUGGAAGAAGAGUACUUGGAAGAAUUUACGGGCCUAUUUUAGAAAAUGAAGCGUACGGGAAAAUAAUUGUAAUAGAGAGGUUCAACUCUUGGUUUACUGAAGAAAACCCGGAGUCAAUGUUUACCUUAUGAGUAAACGAAUUGAGUGGACGGGCCAUGUCUGGAGGCCGAACGGAUUGUCGAAGAAACCUUUGGACGGGAAAUUUUUCGGGAAAAAUCCUAGACAGCGCUGGGUAGACGGGGCCAACUAAAUGAUUUCGAAAACAAGUGUUCACAGGGAGUAAUAAUAGAAGGGACAGCGUCGACAGAGAUAGACGGAGGAAUGUAGCUGAGGCACCGAAAGUCCUUCGAGGACCCUAAAAGCUGAAGAAGAAGAGAAGAACAUGAAAUAAUAUUCGGGCGUACCGGUAUACUCGCAGAAUGCACCGUUGAAAACGCGUACGAUACUUCAAUGUAUUACAAUAUUAUUGUUUUGGACGGUCGGUAAUCGGGAAACGCGUUUUUGAACACGAUAUUUGUUUACGUUUUAUUACCCGGGUAUUGGGGCUACGAAUAAAAAACCAAUACCGAUUCCUCGCUCCGCUCGAAAUCUAAAACAAAUUCAUUAAUUACAGUACCUAUACUUAUGUAAUUUUAUUGUUUUUUUUCCCCUUAAUAAAUAUAAAAUAUUAAAUUACGUUACAGGUAUGCGUAAAAUAAAUUUAAAAAAAAAAAAAAAAAAAAAAAAAAAACAGUAAAAUAAUAUCAAUUAUAAUAAUUAUAGUCGGCCGAUUAUCGAAUUCCAUGGUAUAAAAACCGUUCGAAUUAUUGGUCUGGUCACUGAUAUCAGUGACUUUUCCGGUUUCUUCCCUGUUUCCUGUUUCCUAUCAUAUACCUAAAUGACUCGAAUGAAAAAAAAAAAAAAAAAAACCCAGAUCUUUGAAAUCGAAUUAUUCGUAUGUGGAAAAAUAACGUCCCCGAAAAUAUAUUGCAAUAAUAAUAUGUUAUUAUACGGUGCGUGUGUCACGUAACACCGCCGGUACGACGAGUUUGAAGUCACACGGAAUUAUUACAUUAUAUUCAUAGUAGUUUUUUAUUAUUAUUAUUAUUUUUUUUUUUCCGAUGACCGCGUGGGACCACUGUGACGCGUUUUUCGUGUGUCGAAAUCCACCUUAUUACUAUUACUAUUAUUAUUAUUAUUACUUAACGCCGCCGUCGAGUUCGCCCCGUAACCACCGGGUCAUCAUAAUUAAAACGGUCGUCUUGGCCGUACGUAUUAUAGCCGAUAUUACACGUUGUGUUUACACGCUCGCGUCGCGGCUGUUACCGAACGCGGUCGUUAAAAGAAUUGAAAAAAAAAAAAAAUAAUAAUAAUAAUAAUAAAGAGCGAAAUGUAAUACCGCGUUUAACCGGUAUUUUAACGUCCUCCUCGAUAGCGAAACGGAUCGGCGGUUACGAUUACUGUGCGCUCAGGGUCGACACGAACAUCUUGAAAACCCGUAGACGCACACCGGAUGCACAAUCGGAUCUCGUGCACAGUUCUCGGUUGUACAUCACCGUCCGCGGCCCCGCGGGCUUAAAAGCACGGCAACGGCCUCGAGCGUGUGUUAUACCCGUUCGGUAAUUGUUCCGUCUCGAAUUCUUAUGAUAUUAUUGUAUUACGGUCGAGCCACAGGUGAAAAAAAAAAAUGCCCGAUUUAUCGAACGCGAAUUCGUUGGCCUUUACGGCUUUUUUUUCACGGGGACGGCCUGGCACCGGUAGAGAGGCGAAGACGUGCGCCCGGGCCGUUGUGCAUCACCUAAUGGCUAAUGCGUCUUAAUAUUUAUUUUAAAAUUAACAUAAUAAUAAUAUGCGUAUCGUGUCGAUGAUAUAUUUGUAUUUUUAUAUCAAGUUUAGUAGCUAUAGACAUUGUCGUACCUACACUACAGAUCCCGGAUUUCACAAAGACAUUAUGAAGUUAAAACUAGUACGAGUAUAUGAGUACAUCGAUAUAAUGAAUGCAUAUUGCAUAAUGCAUCUUAUAACAAUACGAAUUUCGUCUUAGAUUGUGAUUAAAAUAUUGAUGGAUAUGAGCGAGUGGUGUGUAUACAAAGCUGAAAAACAUAUUAUGCACUUUGGGACGCUCCAGUACUUCUUCGUCGGGGCCGAAGUACUUCCAGUCCGCAUAACAGGCCGUCGUCAUUCCAUCCACGCGGAUCAUGAUUAUUGUUUACUGCGUCAUCUCCCGUUGAAAAUGCCUGCGCUCGACGCCGCUGGAAAGUAUAAGUGUACAGCUAACGAGUAUCGAUAGUAUCCGUAAUAACGGACGCACAUUUCGAAUUAUCUUGUCCGUCAUAGGCGCUCGAAAGACAGGCGAGUUGCAGGGUCAUUUUCCCCGCUGGAUUUUCGAAAAAUACAUUACAAAUACUGAAAAGGACUGUACGGAUAUUUACCGAAAUCGUCGGGAAUUCCGAACAAAUGAACACAUAUUUGGGUCACUAAAAACUACUCGGAUUUCGUCACGCUUAAAAUAUGUGAAUUUUCGGUAAUUUGUUAGAAGAUAUUUUUUUUCUAUAGAUUACCGGACUGUUUUUAUCUGGAUAAAAAUCACAAACGACGAUACGUUGGUUUUAUUCUUGACGACAAAAAAAAACACGACUCAUACCUAUCCAAGGGUGGCAAACCUUUGGCACGCGUGCCAAAAAUGGCACGUUGGCCAAAUUUCAAUGGCACGCGAGAAAAAAGAAUUUAAUUUAUUUUUAUUUUUAUUAGUGAUAAAAAGUUCGAAAGAAACAAAUUGUAUACAUUUUAAUAAUCGUAAUGUUCCUACGGACAUUAAAUAAGAUAUUUAUUAUUAUUGUAUUAUCUUGUAACACUGGAAACAAAAAUUGAUUAACGCAAGGAAAUGUAUGGAACAAAUAGAAGUUAACCGUCUCCGAGGAAACGGGGGUGAAAAAUGCAGAUAAUGAAAUUUUUAAAGCUCGGAUUUCGCUUCCAGAUACAUUUUAUACAUUGAAAAAAAUAGCUCAUUCCAUGCUUUCAAUUUGUUCGUCAACAUACGCGUGUGAGAGUUUAUGCUCCAUAAUGAAUUCAAUUAAAUUGAAAGAAAGGAAUGGUUUGACCGAUGAAACGAGUGCUGCUCGUGUUUCACUAAAAAUUACAAAUUACAUUCCUGACAUCAAAACUUUAUCUCCUAAGAAACAGCAACAAAAGUCACACUGAAAUAUAAUCAUAAUUUUUAAUACUUACAAUUUAACUGUUAACACCUGAUCUAAAGAUACUGCAUAAUACAUAAUUUAUAAAAUAAAAAACAAACGCGAACUUAAUAAAAUGUGUGAUAUUUAUAAUAUAUCUGUAACUUUAUUUUUCCCGUCAACUUUGGUAUUCUCGGAAAAUAUUUUUUUCUUUUGUUCGGGCGCGUGAAAAAUGGCCAAACUCUCAAUUGUAAAAAUCUGCCGCUUGGCUCAAAAGAGGUUCGCCGACCUAUGUACAAUACACGUGUAUGUACCCGACGGUUCACCGAGGUCCGUUCAGAAUCGUUUUCUCGAUUGCUGCGAGAACGGUUUAUCCGCGGUUGGAAAUUCGUCCGGACGUUUCCGUAAUAAUAAAACGUAUCCGUAAUGUGUUAUAAUGACGCGUUCCAAUGGGUUCGCCCGCGUAGGAACGCACGGCGAUGCGAGACGGCGGUGUUAUUGUCGGACGCCGCCGUCGCCGUCAGGUCGUCAUCGCGGGUGAAAGCGCAUUUUUCGACUCGUGUACUAUUGCCGCAAUAAUAUUAAAUCAUUAAAAAAAUAUUCUAUUGGGUCGGGUGCGUUAUUAUUGCGCGCGCGUACAGAAACGCGCAACGCGUAAAACGGACGGCGCCGCGAACACGGAAAACCGUUCGGACCGAUUUCGAAGGCCCGUUUUGGGCGGAAAAACACUAUUUUUAUACGGCCCGUUCGGACGAGUAUUUUCCACAUGUCAGUUGUAACCGAACGUUUAUUUGGCGGGCCUUUAUAGAAAUUUAAAAGCAUCGGACCGAAAGGGAUGCAAGUUUUAUUCGAGUGGCCCAAACGCUAGGCUCCGCCCAACAAUUAUGCGUACGCGGCCGGGUCGUGUUUCAUCCGCGUAUCACGGGCCGACCGUAUCCGCGUGUGCCGCGAUAUCCGCGGUCCGACCGUCGAAUCACGCGGCGCGUCGGUCGCCCGUCGCUCUGUUAUGCCCGCGGUACUCGCCGCGCGCGCCCCGGCCCGAACACACCGGCCGGCCGCGCCGGACAUAUUCCGUUAAUAUCUCGCCGGCCGUAAUUUAGCCAUCGGUUUUCGGAACGCUCGUCCGAGUCGAUCGGACGGACCGCUAUUGUCGUUUAUUUAUUCGGGGCGUUUCCCUCCCCUGCCCCCCCCCCACGCCCGUGUACAACAAUACACGGGACCGCGGACCGACAACAAUAAUAUUGUUAUCUGUCGGGCGUCGUCGGUACGGCAGACAUUACGCGCUUCGAUUUCACCGCACGCGAACGCACGUAAUUACGAUUAUUGUUGCUGUGGUAUUUAUGCGACACAGCGGCGGACGUACGUCGUAACAACGGCAACAACGAUAACAGACCGUCGCGUCCGGACCGUUAUUAUGCCCGGCGAUUGUUCCGUUCCGACGGCGGCCGGCCGGUCCGCUCGUUAUCGCUUGUCGUCGGACGGGCGUUUCAAUAGAUUUUUUUUUUUUUUUACCAAUCUCUCGCCGUCACGGCGGAAAACCCUGCACCCCGUGCUCUCCCCGACCCGCGCCUUCGCCUCGUUUUCAAACGCGGAAUAGUUUCCCGUCGACGGGUCUCCGAACGGUCUGGAAAUCGCCGCCGGACCGGAGUAGCGAGUGCGCGGAACGGUUCGGUAUCGGCGUUUGAGUAUAGGGGGUCGCCACGUCCGGGGAUUUCGGGCGCGCGGUGUCGGGGCUAAAGCCAAACCGACACAGGCGUCGGAACCCGUCGUCCGCCGCGGCUCGUCCGCCGCGGCUCGUCCGUGGCGACGGUAUCCGCCGUGUGACGCUCGCCGUGAAUACGGGCGCGGUACGCGGACCGCCGCCCCGUACGUAACGCACGCGCCGCGGCUGUACAAAUAUCGUUCGCGAUACGCAAUUAUCGCGUGGGCAAACGCGCGGCGAAGGUCAUACGGCGGCGCGCUGGAACGAAUUUUCACAUACGCCUCGCGACCCGCCGCCGCCGCCGGCGAUAUUAUCAUAAGAGGCGCCGCCCUCUCGCCGUGCGUUAAUAAUAUUAUCGCGAUUAGGAGCCGGACAGGGACGCGAGCUCGGGCAUCGGUAAUAAUAACGAUAAUGACGAUAAUGACGAUAAUGAUACGUUAUUACGAUAUUUUAAUUUGUACGCGUUCCGGUGUCGUCCGCGGCCGUCGUGCCGGGCCGUGCCGUGCGAUAAUACUGUUGAGACGCGCGCGGGCACGCAAAAUAAAUAGCGGCCGCGUCGGGUGCUCUGCGCGCGUAAAGACAAUAAAUAAUAACGUAUUAUCACACCCGUUGCUGGUAUAACGUGUCGUGUUGCGCGCGCGCGGCCGGACGGGACGACGUCGAAUUUGUUGGCGAUCGCGUCGCGGACGAUCGUCGUACCACGGCGACAACAAUUAUUACGCCGCGUUUCGUGACGGGCGGGCGUUUCCGUAACGUGUGUUGUCCGAAAACCGAUUUUCGUUUUUCCGCGCGAAAAAAAAACGGACAAACUCGAUAACGGUCCGCGCAAAACCGCCGGCUCGUCGCGCUGCCGCGACAGGCGGCGGUGUUUCGUCGUCUGAUUUUCGCCGUUUUGGCCAGGGGCAUACGGAUUCCUGAAUUCUCCGCUCGUCGCCGGCAAUUGCGCGCGGACUCCCGCCGCCGACGCGGGAAUUCGCGCGGGUGGUACGGGAACGACGCAACGCGAAAACCGGCAGCCCAACGGAAGAAACGCGGACGUUGCAUUUAUCGCGGACGGAUCCGACGGCGGCGCGGUCGGCAGCCGCGUCUGGUAUCCGUCUUUGGAAUUUCCCUUUGCAAUCGAUCGCGGGGGGACAAAACGAUAAUCGGGCACGCACUGUUAUUAUAAUAAUAAUAACACGCGCGUAGAGACGCACGCGUAACGGCCGAGGAUUUCCAUUCCCGCAGCGGUGACCCGCCGGGGUCGGGUCCGUGACCGACGCGAACGUUCUCACGGCACGCCGACGACGACGGCGUCACCGCCGCAAUUUCUCGUGACGCAUUUUUCUCCGUUUCCCCGUCGUCGUCGUCGUCGUCGGGUAAAUAAUCGAAGACGAAGACUCCGUACGGCGAAUCCGAUCGGCGAAUCUCCGGGGCGCGUUGUCACGAUCGCGGUACCACAACGGUUCCCGUACGGGAAGCCGAACGGUUCGCCCGUCGCGGUAAAUAACGCGCGCCCGGUUCAUCGCCCCGUCCGCGACGCGUGUAUUCGUUUUUGUUUUUCGUUGUUGCGCAACGAUCGGGCGACGGAUCUUUAUCUCGGCGGGACGGCGGUGAAGGGCGUGUGGGAGGGGGGGGGGAGAGCCCGUGCGAACCGAACCGCCGUCUCUUUCAAUGGCGGCGGCGGCGACGAAAUCUGUGUCACAAGUACGCAGGCGCAUAAUAAUGAUAAUAUUAUUGCGCGCGGUGAAUCCGUUUCGAAAACGUGCGCCGCCGUAAACGCGCGAUGGUUACGAAGACGACCCUACCGCCUCCGGCGCGUUUUCGUUUUUGUUUUCUGCAAACCCGUUUCGAUACGCACGCACCGGACAACCGUGACAUUUUGUUUGACACGUCACGUCGUUAUUUUUUUCCGUUCAUGUUUACCCACCCCUACGAAAAACGUAGGAAAAACGGGGAAAUAGGUACAAUAUUAAACAGAUAUUAACGGAGACAUAGUAAUACGUUCCAAUUGUUUUAUCAUAAUAUGACACGCGUAUUGUUGACAAAGCAUCGCUACCGACCGAACUUCGCUCAGAAUCGUGUUUUCGUCAACAAUAAUGGUUUACCGUCGCUCGCAGCUAUGCGUUGAACCGCCCCUCUGUAUCCCACCUUCCAGACAUUCCGCCUACAACAGCGGCUGCACACGCGUGCGACGUACGCCCGUCUUUUUAACGACUUUUUAACCGAACCCCCCCACACCCAUUGGCGAAAAAAAUGUCCAGACCCGCGAACCGUCGGCAGAUGCGCGCGCGCGUUGCGCAACGCGCACGGGCACUCCGGCCGUCGCGUGGUCCGUUACGCAAUUGUCGUCGUUCCAUUACCAAUCGACGGCCGGUCGCGAUCCACUCGACGGACGGCCGCGAAUAGUUGCGCGACGACGAACGGGCGCCUGCGCGAACGGGAAUUCGGUCUAGUGGAGAUCUCGUCGCCGCGCGCGGUUACGUCACGCGCAACGUUAGUACGGUUAUUGGGGUUAAACAAAUCGUGGAGGUAAAAAAAAAAAAAACAAAUAAAUUAAAAACAGAUUCGUACGCGUCCUCCCGACGCGUCUUCGGCCGCAGCGUUAUUCCGCGUUCGCGCCUUUCACCUUUUCCCCCGUAUACACCGCGCGUCGCCGUUAUGACAAUGCAGUCCCACGGGGUUGUAUGGGCGUACGGACGUACGCCCGCGGUACGUUAAAUAUCAAUAUAUUAAUAGAUAUAUGUGUAAUAAUUUUUUUUUGUUUUUUUAUUACGUGUUUUCAGAUAUUCAAAACAAUAUUGUUUCGUCCGCGGUCGCCCCUCAAUAUUAUACGAUGAUCGCCAUGAAGACCUGGACGUUCGUCGUCGCCGUCACGCUGUCGUUCGCCUGUAAUUAUUUCGAUUUUAACGUUUACAACACUAUGCCGUGUAGAUCGAUAGUUAACUCGUACGCAAACGCUGAGAAAACAAAUGCGCCACAUGUGGCGUUUGUUCGGAAUAACGGUGUACAGUAAAAAUACUUAAAAUUGACGUACUCGUAAUUUCGGGUGCUUAACGUCGCGACCAAACAGCGGACGAGGGGGGUGAAAAGCAUGUUCGUACUGUAUUAAGGAGACGCGUUGAUCGGCAAAGUGGGUGAUUAUACCCAUAGGAGUUACGAUGAAGCGCGUCGAUGGAUAAGUGAAUCGUAGGGUUCUCGUAAGGGACAAGAGGGAACGGUGAUAAAGACGGGGAACACGAUGUUGGGAUCAUCGGUAUUACCGCCGAGAAGACCGGACAUAAAAAAUACGGCGGGAGGACACAGCAUUUUCGAUUUUUCGAUUUUUAGCAAGAAGAUUGCGAAGGAUAAAAAUCUAUAAUGCACUCGAUCAAUGCGCAUUCUAUGUGUGUCGCUUGGAAAUAAAUAGCGUGGAAACGUUGAGCUUGCAGAUGAAUCCUAAAACUUUGAGGAACGUGUUUGGAAAAUAAUCUUAUUGUAAAUAAACGUUAAUUUAGUUGUAAAAUAAAUAGACGGAAAAUCAAGAGGAAAACAAUUGGAAUGGACAAUAAUUCCGAUAGAUUUCUGAAAAAUUGGGUCCCAAACAGGUCUUUUACUACAACCGGUACCUCUGUUAUUGCUCACCAUUCACGUAUUCGAACCCGAUCAUUUACUUCACUUUUAUUUUCUAGUUCGAGUUAUUUAUAUUAUUCUGUACACUAGUUGGGUAAUAUUAGUAUAGCAAUAAUUUGGGCAAUUUGUAACUGAAAUUAACAUAAAGUUCACAAUCCUGGGAACUAAAAUAUAGUGCAUCUAUAAAUGUCGUUUUGUACUCGUAUGUAAUAUAGGUACGGUGAACGGCCAGAGAAAACCGCCGAAUUACCAGCAAAACGAAAUGCCAGCCACCAGUUUCACUUGCAAGGACAAAAUCAUCGGCGGCUACUAUUCGGACCCCGAGACAUCUUGUCAGAUGUUCCACGUUUGCGUCAACGUCGUCGGAACCGGGGCAAGCUAUUUUGAAUUUUUUUUUUUUUUCAGAAUUGGAAAUAUUCAAAAUUUGUGUCACAAACAUAAUGACGGCCGACGGUAUUUCGUUUUACAGGUUCAGGAUUUCAGAUUUCUUUGUCCGAACAACACGGCGUUCGAUCAAGAGAAUCAGAUCUGUGACGACUGGUAUAACAUCGAUUGCGAAGCAGCAACAUUGUAUUACAGCGACAACUUCGACCUGUACAGACUCGGUAGGUUACCACCGGUAUUUUUCAUAAUAUUUAAGGGGCCUGUGUCGAGAUCAUUUGAUGUGUAGUAGAAUUCUGGCAAUUUUUUAAUCUCUUUUUCCCAUUGAACUUCUAUUUCUGAAUAAUAUAUAAUAUGUAACCGCCUCCCAGGCCCAAACGACAUGAAAAUUGAUCAUAUCAAAACUAAAAAAAUAACAUAAGGUAUCGCGUAUUAUACGUUCGCUAUUGCUAUUCCACUACCCGAUAAUACAUUUUUAAAUCCAAACCCGUUCGUUUUUAUUCGCAAUCUUAAUGAUAGGACUUGGAUCGGUUUUCUUCCCUGUAUAAUAUUUAUUAGUUUCGCAUACAUAACACAAAAUACUACACAUAUAUGUACAUUUUUUUUUUAACCGUUAAUAUACUUUAUGUUUGAAAUAAUUACAUAGUCGUUAUAGCAUUUAGAAUAGUAUAGUUCUCAAUUGUACUCAACGAGUCCCGUAAGAAUGUUAUCGUGCUAAUCAUUUUUCAAAAACGACGUCAAUAUUGCCUAUUCGAAACCCCUUAAAUACUAAACGUUCGUGUACGGGUACUUGUAUUUUUAAUAUGAUUUCGGCAUAACUCGGUAGAAGACACGCGUGAGAAACCAAAGAAAACCGUUUAAACGUUCGGUACAUUUUUCAGGUUCCGGAGGAGCUGCGGUCACGACGGGCAAAGCGACGCCGAUACCGUUAGGACCGUCUAGCGCGUCGCCGAACGUGCAACAGUACCCGAGGUCCAGAAAAACUUCGCCGUUGUCGGCACCGGUGAACAACGCAGUUUCAGAAAACGACGACGAUUACUACUUGCAGAGGAGCGACGCGUCCGAUAGCAAAGUCCAACACGACUUGUUACGUGGCAGCAGUUCGAGCAACUUUUUCAGCAACAAAAACCGAGGGAUCGAAAACCCCGACGACUACGACGACACCGCGAGAGUGCAGGCUUCAUCGAAAGACGUGCCGAAAAAGAACGCCAAGGCCCCGUUCAGAAAACUGUUGACCGGCAAGAAACCGUUCGUCGAGUCAUCCACGGCCGCCGUUCCGAGCACCACCGAAACCCUGCGCCAGUGGACCAGCAGCACGACCAGCAGUACGACGACCAGCACCACCACGGUCCGACAACCCAACUACAAGGCGACCACGUACCGGAGCAAGGACCGCGGCCGUGUCAACUACAAGACUUACCUGGACAAACAGGCCAAAGUCGACGAAUACGACUCUCAAAAAUUAGCGAAGCCCGCGACCGUUCAGACGUCGACUUUUGCACCCAUUGUGAGCAAUUCUUACCAGCCGACUACGGCCAAUAGCAACCAGAACGUGCAACAGUACCAGACGACGGCUCAGACCAACAAUAAUGCCCAACAAGCAGCGUUCGUGCAGCCGAAAAAUAACGAUUAUUUACGUACUGCUCCGUCCAAUAGGAACAACGGUUUCCAGUCAGCCAGGAUUAACGUAGUGCCAACAAACAACAACAAUAACAACUUCCAACAGAACAAUAACGCGUUCCCUCAAAACAACCAAGGAUUCCAACAGCCAGCCGUAAACAGCGGCAUAAACCAGAAUUUCCAACAGCAAAACUAUAACCAGCAGGGUUUCCAAUCGGACAAGAUUUUCCCAACGACCACACAAAAGUUCAUCAACCAGGGUAACAACUUCCAAUCAGAGAAAAUUUUCACUACCACAACGCCACAAAACUUCAACCAAAAUCCGACCACAAACAUCUAUCAGACCAAUGCGUACCAGCAACAGCAACAGGGUAAUAACUUUUUCCAAACGGGCAAUGCAUUCCAAACGGGAAACACCUUCCAGCCGGGAAACAAUGGUUUCCAGACAGGAAACACAUUCCAGCCGGGAAACACAUUCCAGACGGCCAACACGUUCUCUCAACAACAGGGUAACACGUUCCAAAAUGCUGCGGGUACCACAACACAAAAGUACAACACAUACCAAACGUCGUCUCCUACGGCCUAUCAGCAGUCCACAAACGUUUUCCAAUCAUCUACGCCAUACAACACGGGUAAUACGUUCCAGCAGCAGCAACAGAUACAACAACAACCACAACAACAACAACAACAACAACAACAACAACAACAACAACAACAACAACAGCCACAAUCGACGCAGCAGCAGCCACAAUACCUACAGUCCACUACCGAACAUUUCUCCAAAGACUUCAAAGCCAAAUUCGACCCUUACAACAGCUACCAUCAGAGAUCGAACGAAGAGGCGGGUGAGUUACUGAAAACGGCGCCCAGCACGAAUCUGAGGCCCAGCGAACUGAACGCCCUCGUUCAGGCCAAACCUAAAUCGAUAAACGCGACACUGUCCGUGGGAUUUAGUUUCAACAAGGCCGACGGCGGCGUGGCCAAGUCCACAGUCGUCGUGCCAGCGCCGACCACACAAAAGCCAAGGCCUUUCACCACGACACCGGUGGCCACCAGCAGUACCACGACCAGCACGACUGCUUUUGUCCCUUCCAGCAGUGCUGCCACGAACGCCGCCAAAAAAGGCAUAUUCAAAGACAAAGACUCGACGUACGAUUACGCGUACUACGACGACAGUAAUCACAACGAUUACACCGACGUGGUGCCUGAAGACUUUUCCAGACUUCACAGCGCAAACUAA